CUUUUGCAUCAUUUGAUUAAAAUGGUAUAUUUGUAAUUUUCUUUCGCCGACUAGACAACGCUCAUUGGUCAUAACAUUAGGUACACCUGCAAGGUAUUUGAUGCGUCACAUAAAAGGAUGGAUGGACGUUCUCAGCACUGCAAAAAGUGCGUGUGGCGACGAUGCAACACAUUGUAAACAAGCUUUAAUGCAACACAUUGUUAACAAGCUUUAAUGCAACACAUUGCAAACAAGCUUUAAUGCAACACAUUGCAAAUAUGCUUUAAUGCAACACAUUGUAAACAAGCUUUAAUGCAACACAUUGUAAACAAGCUUUAAUGCAACACAUUGUAAACAAGCUUUAAUGCAACACAUUGCAAAUAUGCUUUAAUGCAACACAUUGCAAAUAUGCUUUAAUGCAACACAUUGCAAAUAUGCUUUAAUGCAACACAUUGUAAACAAGCUUUAAUGCAAUAUGGUAAACAUGCUUUAAUGCGGAAAGUCCAAACCCAGCCAUACAAAAUGGAGAAUAAAGACACAACAAUGGCUUUGAUCAGAUACUACUGCAAUGAAAACUAUUUCAACAAUGUUGUGAACACUGCAGCAGCUGCACAGAAGACUUUUCGUAGUGACCCUAUCUUCAGUGUCUUCCAUGCAUAUGGCAUCUUGAUGCAAGGUCAAGUUCGAGAAGCCACGGCAGAGCUGAACUCAAUAAAAGAUAGAGCCGAGGUGUCCCUCUGCACUAUGAUGGCACUUAUCUAUGCUGAGAGAAAAAAGAUCAAACCAGACAAAGAUGUUAUUCAUGAACUUGAAGCUAAAAUCAGGGAGGAUCGCAAAAGUGCAUCUCCCCAGAGCCUGUAUCACGCCGGGAUGUUUCUUUGGAUGUUAGGCCGGAAUGAUAAAGCUCGAGAAUACACAGAGCGGAUGAUCAAACUGACCAAUGGCUCUCAAGAGGGGGUCAUCCUGAAAGCAUGGAUAGACGUGACAUGCGGGAAAGAUGAUCAUGCCAGAAAGGCUGAAAAAUACUUUGAUGAAGGACUAAAAGAUGUUUUUGCGUUAAUGGGAAAGGCACAGUACUGCGAGUACUGUCAAAAUUACUCUGGAGCAUUAGAUGUGGUUAACAGAGUAAUUGCCAGUUUCCCAGACUUCCUGCCUGCACUCAUUAAGAAGAUGAAGUUGUUUUUAAGGAUGCAAGACUGGGAGCAAACCAUGGAUGCAGCAAUCAGCAUUUUACAGAUGGAUAAAACCAACCUGGAUGCCCUACACAUGAUGACUCUGUAUUCUUUAUGUAUCACUGGAGAUAUUACAGAGUCAGUAAAGAAUCUUUCCAAAUUCAUCAGCAGUCUGGAGGACCUGGAACCACACAACCCUGAGCUUGCUUACAGGAUGUGUAUCCCAUUUAGCAGAGUGUGUGGCCGUGACGAGAAAGUCCUCGAGCAGGUGUUCAGAAUGGUGGAGAAAGCCUUCGUUGUGACAUCAGGAAACUCUGACAUUGCCACAGAAUUGGGGUACCUCAUGGUUCUUCAGGGUAAAAUCAAGGAGGCUAUGGGGUGGUACAAGACUGCCAUGGCUCUGGACGAGACCAGUCUCUCUGCAUUGACUGGCAUCAUUUGGUGUCAGUUGAUGGAAGGCUUCCUAGAAGAAGCAGAGAAAGAUUUGGAAUUUCUGACUGAAAUUCAACAAACCACUGGAAAAUCAGGAGACAUCCUUUAUCUGCGUGCACUUGUGGCAGUUAAAGAACAGCGCCCUCUAGAAGAGGUUACCAAGCUCCUGGAUGGUGCAGUGGAAAGCCACUUCUCUUCUCUCCAUGGUCUACCUCUGAGUGUGGAGUACUUUCAGAAGUUCAACCCUGACUUCCUGCUGGAGAUUGCCAAGGAGUAUCUUGCUCUGUGUCCUACUAAGCCUGCCACACAAGGCCGGUCUCCUGCUCCGCAGCUCAGGCGCUGUGCAGCGUUGUUGGACACAGUGGUCAAGAGGGUGCCUGGCCUCCUUCAGGGGGUCUUCCUGCAAGCCAAAGUUCAAUAUCAGUCUGGUGAUGUUGAUGCAGCUCAGAGCAGUCUACAUCACUGCCUGGAACAGUGUCCUUCUCACACGGACGCUCAUCUACUCAUGGCACGGAUCCACUUGCUGCGCAGAAACUUUUCUUUGUGUUUCCAGUCGCUGGAACUUUGCCUUAGCCAUAACUUUCAGAUUCGAGAACAUCCACUGUACCUUCUGAUAAAAGCCCAGGCAAAGAAACAAAUGGGAGAGCUGAGCAAGGCUAUUCAGAUUUUACAAAUGGCAAUGAGUCUGGUAGAGAUCUGUAAGUCAAAAAACAAAAGCAUUGAGCUGAGUCCUACAGACUCUGCCUCCAUCUUCUUGGAAUUAGCUGAGGCUUUGCGUCUCAGUGAUAAACAGCCGGAAGCAGCCAAAGUCAUGCAGGACGCCAUUAAUGAGUUCUCGGGAACUCCUGAAGAGCUUCGUGUUACUAUCGCCAAUGUGGACUUUGCAUUGCUGCACGGUAGUACCGAGGUGGCACUGAGCAUGCUCACUAACGUUACAUCUGAGCAGCCAUACUACAUCCAAGCCAAGGAAAAGAUGGCCGACAUAUACUUGAACCACAAAAAGGACACACGUUUAUAUGUCAGCUGUUACAGGGAGAUGGCGGACAAGCUGCCCAGUGCUCACACUUAUGUCUUACUAGGGGAGGCGUACAUGCACAUUUUAGAGCCGGAGAAAGCCAUUGAGAUCUAUGAGCAUGCGCUGGAGAAAAACCCAUAUGAUGGAGCUCUAGUCAGCAAGUUUGGUAAACUACUGGUCAAGACACAUUACUUUCACAAGGCAAUACAUUACUAUGAAGCUGCCCUCAAGAGCGGACAACAGAGUUUCCUGCGCUACGACUUGGCUGAGCUGCUCUUGAAGAUGAAGCAAUAUGACCGCUGCCAAAGAGUUUUGGAUGAUGCUCUGUCCCAUGAGCCAGGGAAUAGACAAUGCACGCUAUCAGAGGAUUGCCGUUAUUUGAUGCUGUUAACAAAGGUCCAAAACAAAGUGGACAAAGCUGAAGAAGCCUUAAUAUCCCUUCAUAGGGCACGAGAUGACCAGGCCAAGGCGCUGAAGCGAGUAGAGUUGGAGGAAACUGAAGCUCUUCCCAGGCAGAAGCAGCUCGCCGCCCAGAUCUGUGCUGAGAUGGCGCAACACUACACAAGUCAGAGGCUUUACGAGAGCGCCAUCAAGUCCUACAAAGAAGCUCUCGUGCAUUGUGAGACUGAUCACAAGGUGAUGCUGAAGUUGGCGCAGACUUUCUUCACCCUGGACGAGGUGGAUGCGUGCCAGGAGCAAUGCAAUGUCAUCUUGAAGAAUGAGCAAUUGAAUGAAGAUGCAAAUCUGAUGAUGGCUGACCUUCUGUUCCGGAGAGGUGACUAUGAACAGGCCAUUUUCUGCUAUCAGCGACUGUUGGAGCGCAAGCCAGACAACUACCCUACCUUUGCACGCUUCAUUGACCUGCUGAGGAGGACAGGAAAGUUGGAAGACGUGCCGAGACUUUUUUAUAGAGCAGAACAGCAUUCUUCCAAGGCCAAGUUUGACCCUGGCUUUAUCUACUGCAAGGGACUUUAUCUUUGGUACACAGGAGAAGCUAAUGCUGCUCUGCAACACCUCAACCAGGCACGGAAAGACACCAAGUGGGGUCAAAACGCUCUCUAUAAGAUGAUUGAAAUCUACCUCAAUCUGAAUAAUGACCUCAUGGGAAUAGAAUCAUUUCAAACAGAUUGCGGAAGCGGAACCUACAGCGAAAAGCAGGAGAUGCAGUUGGUUGCCGUGACAACAGCUCAGCAGCUACUGGCGGAGAUAAAGCCAGAGACCCCAGCAGGACACGCACGCCUUCGUAUCCUGGAUCAUUAUUGCUUACUGGCGACUAACCCAAAGACCAACAUAGAAAAAGCCAUCUCGGUUUUCACAGAGAUAGCAACAAGUAUGAAGGACCACGUAGCAGCCCUGCUGGCCACGGCAUCGGCCUUCAUGAUGGUGAAACAGGUCGCUCAAGCCAGGAACCAACUCAAACGUAUCGCAAAGUUAACUUGGAAUAUUGUUGAUGCUGACGACUUUGAGAAGAGCUGGCUGCUGCUGGCUAACAUCUACAUCCAUUCAGGGAAGUACGAGCUGGCCGACGACCUCCUAAAGAGAUGCCUCAAUCAUAACAAGUCUUGCUUGAAAGCCUACUUCUACCGGGCGUUGAUCCUGGAGAGCCAGCAGGCCUUCAGCGACGCCGCCUUCAACUACAAACUGGCUUGGAAAUGUGGAAAUGAGUCCAAGCCAACAAUCGGAUACAAACUGGCUCUCAACUACUUGAAGGCAAAACAACAUUUGGAUGCCAUCGAUGUCAGCAACAAACUUCUUGCUGCUUACCCAAACUAUGCCAGCAUCAGGAAGGACAUCUUGGAGGCUUCUUAUGCUGCUUUGAGACCAUAGGGCAGGAGUAUCUCACACUGACUAUGUGUGUCUUCCUCACUUCCACUUUUACACUUUUCACUUUCCCCACACUGACUAUGUGUGUCUUCCUCACUUCCACUUUUACACUUUUCACUUUUCCCACACUGACUAUGUGUGUCUUCCUCACUUCCACUUUUACACUUUUCACUUUUCCACACUGACUAUGUGUGUCUUCCUCACUUCCACUUUUACACUUUUCACUUUUCCCACACUGACUAUGUGUGUCUUCCUCACUUCCACUUUUACACCUUUCCCACACUGACUAUGUGUGUCUUCCUCACUUCCACUUUUACACUUUUCACUUUUCCCACACUGACUAUGUGUCUUCCUCACUUCCACUUUUACACCUUUCCCACACUGACUUUGUGUGUCUUCCUCACUUCCACUUUUACACUUUUCACUUUUCCCACACUGACUAUGUGUGUGUUCCUCACUUCCACUUUUACACUUUUCACUUUUCCCACACUGACUAUGUGUGUGUUCCUCACUUCCACUUUUACACUUUUCACUUUUCCCACACUGACUAUGUGUGUCUUCCUCACUUCCACUUUUACACUUUUCACUUUUCCCACACUGACUAUGUGUGUCUUCCUCACUUCCACUUUUACACUUUUCACUUUUCCCACACUGACUAUGUGUGUCUUCCUCACUUCCACUUUUACACUUUUCACUUUUUCCACACUGACUAUGUGUGUCUUCCUCACUUCCACUUUUACACUUUUCACUUUUCCCACACUGACUAUGUGUGUCUUCCUCACUUCCACUUUUACACCUUUCCCACACUGACUAUGUGUGUGUUCCUCACUUCCACUUUUACACUUUUCACUUUUCCCACACUGACUAUGUGUGUCUUCCUCACUUCCACUUUUACACAUUUCCCACACUGACUAUGUGUGUCUUCCUCACUUCCACUUUUACACUUUUCACUUUUCCCACACUGACUAUGUGUCUUCCUCACUUCCACUUUUACACCUUUCCCACACUGACUUUGUGUGUCUUCCUCACUUCCACUUUUACACUUUUCACUUUUCCCACACUGACUAUGUGUGUCUUCCUCACUUCCGCUUUUACACCUUUCCCACACUGACUAUGUGUGUCGUCCUCACUUCCACUUUUACACCUUUCCCACACUGACUUUGUGUGUCUUCCUCACUUCCACUUUUACACUUUUCACCUUUCCCACACUGACUAUGUGUGUCUUCCUCACUUCCACUUUUACACUUUUCACCUUUCCCACACUGACUAUGUGUGUCUUCCUCACUUCCACUUUUACACUUUUCACCUUUCCCACACUGACUAUGUGUGUCUUCCUCACUUCCACUUUUACACUUUUCACCUUUCCCACACUGACUAUGUGUGUGUUCCUCACUCCCACUUUUCACCUUUCCCACACUGACUAUGUGUGUGUUCCUCACUCCCACUUUUACACUUUUCACCUUUCCCACACUGACUAUGUGUGUCUUCCUCACUUCCACUUUUACACUUUUCACCUUUCCCACACUGACUAUGUGUGUGUUCCUCACUCCCACUUUUACACCUUUCCCACACUGACUAUGUGUGUGUUCCUCACUCCCACUUUUACACCUUUCCCACACUGACUAUGUGUGUGUUCCUCACUCCCACUUUUCACCUUUCCCACACUGACUAUGUGUGUUCCUCACUCCCACUUUUACACCUUUCCCACACUGACUGUGUGUGUUCCUCACUUCCACUUUUACACUUUUCACCUUUCCCACACUGACUAUGUGUGUGUACCUCACUUCCACUUUUACACCUUUCCCACACUGACUAUGUGUGUUCCUCACUUCCACUUUUACACUUUUCACCUUUCCCACACGGACUAUGUGUGUGUUCCUCACUUCCACUUUUACACUUUUCACCUUUCCCACACGGACUAUGUGUGUGUUCCUCACUUCCACUUUUACACUUUUCACCUUUCCCACACGGACUAUGUGUGUGUUCCUCACUUCCACUUUUACACUUUUCACCUUUCCCACACUGACUAAGUGUGUGUUCCUCACUUCCACUUUUACACCUUUCACCUUUCCCACACUGACUAUGUGUGUGUUCCUCACUUCCACUUUUACACCUUUCACAGCAAAUUGCGGAUUCGAACGCUUGAAAUGCGUUGAAAAAUGUGGAAGUAGUCGCUUGAAACAAAAGGUGGAAAUGGGGCUUUGGAAAACCAGGAAUUCUGGAAAAUCCUGGAAUUUUUAUGGGCUUUGAAAGGAAGUUUAAAUUUCCAGGAUGGUUGGAAUGUGUUGAAGGUGGAAGUGGUUCGAGUCUGUUGAAAAAUGUGGAAAUGGUGAAAGUUUGAAAAUGGCCAAUUCAUUUUGAAUGGGAAAAAUGUUCCAGGAAACCUGAAAUUCUGGGAAAUCUGGGAAUUUGUCAAAGGAAAGCCCACCUUUCCCGAAUAGGCUUAACAGUUUGGAGUUGGAAUGCUUUGAAUCGGGUGAAAAAUGUGGAAGGUAAAACGUGACAAAAUCUGAAGGAGAAGUUAAAGAAAUUUAAUAAA